CGCCUCCCGCGCCGCCGCUGCCGCCGAAGCCUUUCGCCGCCAUCUUGCCUCCUCCUUCCUCGCUCCGCGACCUGUUCGCCGCCGAUUGGCCGAGAGCGAGCCGGGGCCGCAAGGGACGACGGGAGGCGUAGUUUCGAACGCGGCCGCGAAGAAUGAAGGGGGGGAACAGGAGGCGGCGGAGAGGCGCCAGAACUCUGGGAAAUGGCAAAGGACGCUGGGAAACGUAGUCCGCCCGACACCUCCGGGGCUCCUAGCUUCCCUGUUGCUAUGGCUACGGACGGGGCGGGCGAGAACGUGGGGGCAGCGAGGCGGGCCUGGAAGGUGGGAGUCCAGAAGGAAGCGGGGAGCCGGCUCCCCCCUCGCCCAGUGCUCGCCUGACCCCGGCCGGCCGAAGCCCAGCAAACUGUUCGACGAUCCUAUUUGUCCUGAAAGAUUGUUGGUGGGACAACAUGGCCACGACAGGGAUGUAUAAACUGGAUGAUGGCAACUCUUUUCCAACCAACUGCUUUCCUGCCAGAAGUCUUUUACGCCCCAGAGAUCAAGAAGGGGCCGGCCACUGGCAAGUGGCGCGUCGGACGGCAGAGGAAACCAAGAUAGAAUUGCUCUUUGGCACCAAAGCCUCACAGGUCAGGUGGAAGGCGGAAGGUGUCCUGACGCUCCGGCAUCUGGAUGAGAAAACCCUGGAUGGCAGUCACCUGAUUAAGCUCCACCAUGUGAAAAUCCCGUCGGAUCUCUGCUCGGUGAACAUAAGCAACCAAAACUUUGUCUCGGCCAAAGAAGAAGACUUUGAGGCAUUUACCUCUGUUGCCUACAUCAAUGCCACGGAAAAUCUGCUGACGUUAGAAGCUUUCCGUAAAUUUCCUGAGCUGCGGGAACUGGAGCUUUCCUUGAACGGCCUGAGAAAUCUGAAAAUCAAUGCUGGAGACUUUCCACACUUGGAAGUCCUCGAUCUAUCGUAUAACAACCUGUCCCCUGAGGACGUCCAGGUCUUGGGAGUUUUGCCCCACCUUAAAGUUCUCCAUCUCACCGCCAACGGGCUGAAUUCGCUUCCACUGGACCUGGCCGUCCCUGAGAGUGAGAGCUGCCCUACGUUCCCAGCUCUGGAAGUUUUACUGUUGGACGACAACCACUUGUCUCACCCAAAUGUCUUUGUCAGCCUGGCCAACCUCCGAAGCCUGAAGCAAUUAAACUUGGACAAAAACGGCAUUAAGGAGGUCCCGUACCUCCAUCACAUCAACCAUUCCCGUUUCUCCAUCCAUCCUUUAUCAGCCAAGUCCGGCAUCAAAGCAGGGCUCCGUAGCCGGAAAACAGCGAGGAAACGGCUCAGCCCGGACGGGUCCCGGAGGUUCUGCGAGAAACCCGAAUAUAUCAUCCUGCACAGCACCAGGGAUCCUGACAGGACCGAGGUUGUCUUUCCAUCUUGGUCUCCGGAGCCGACCGAGCAGGAGGAUUCGGCGCCACCACAUCAUGUUCCUGAGACUUCUUCUGCCAGUGACGUCAGCUCAGAGUUCACGCUUCCCUUACCGGAGCUGAGGUUUCUCAGCCUGGCCAACAACCAGAUCGAGCAUGAGGAGGAUUUGCUCGCUGUGGCCCUCUUCCCGUCUCUGACCGAGCUGACGUUCUACGGCAACCCUUUCACCAUUUCACGGAGCGGUACGGUCUCCACCUGCCAGCAAUGUUUGGGGUUUUGUCAGGGCAGCUGCUAA